GCAUCGUCAGACUGGAGCAGUAUGAUUCUUACCGAGACCUUUCUACCAGUUACAAAACCAUGCAUUGAGCUCGUUCAAUACAUCAUCAGACCAAAUUAGAGAUGAAAGUUACGUCCUGAUCUUCUAUUCGCUGGCUUUCUAGGCCUGCACAUGCUUUGCGAAACGCUGGUCUGUCGAGGAAAUGAUUUUGAGAGCUUUAUUAACCGAUUUGUGCAGUACGUUGUAGUUCGCCAUGGGGUGUGUACUGUCGCAGUCCAGGGGAGAUGGCAAUUUCUGCAACAAACAGCAUUGAAACCGGUGUUAGAGCUUGGAGAAAGGAUCCCUUCGCCGAAUAAAACCUUGGGCCCGACUUGCCAAGUGCUGUUAGAUCGUAUCCAGGGCCUUGACCUGGAUGAAUCUACCACGAGGGUAUGUCAACAGGCUGUGCAGGCCUCACAAUCCAUUAUGAGUGUGUUGGACGUCCCGCCUUAGGAGCCAACAGUAUCGAUGCUCUCGUUGCAUGGCCAGUGCUUGUUCCUCGCGAAUAUAUUCAAAUGGUUUUGGAGAGAUAGGGAGAAGCUUUGGUUAUCUUGGCGCAUUACAGUGCCCUUGUUGAUACCCACAAG